AUGGACAAUCUCGACAUGCCGCCGGCCCCUACGCCGCCUGUCAACAACAUGAGCAUGCCUUCCAAUAACUCGGAUCGCACCGCUAAUCUGCUGAACUUGCUCAAGUUCAGCGGUUCAGGUGGCUCGCAGCUGCAGAGCCAAGCUGCUCACAAUCGGGCCCAGGCUCACAUCCAGCAGCAGACCCAGCAGACCCAAGAGCAGCCGCAGGAACCUGGUUCUCCUCAGCAGAUGCACCAGCAGUUGUCGGACCAUCAGCUCCAUCAAUUCAACCAAUUCCAGCAGCAUGCUCAGCAAGGUCGAGGCAUCAUCCAGAGCCCUCUCCCUGCUCAGAUUCACCAGCCUGCGCCUUCUUCUGCUGACCCGACUGGUCUCUUGGCUGCCCUUAUGCGCGGCGCCCACGAGCCGGAAGAGCCCAAGCAGGCCCAGCAGCCGCACCCUCAGCAAGCCUUUGGCAACGGUUCUCCCCCGGCCGAUACGCGCUCGUAUCUGCUCAAUUUGUUGAACCGCCCCAAGCCUAGCCAGGGCGAACAGCAGCAAUCGGCUCUGACUGAGACCACGCGUUCCAACAACCUUACGCCUCAGUCUCCCGACCUGGCUCCUGCCGAACCUGCUCGCUACUCUGGCAGUUAUCAGCAGCAGUACCCCCAGCAGCAUGGCAACCAGUACUCGAAUCAGCAGCACCGCCCGGUCGAUUCCUACGCAGGAUCGCACGCAUCCGAUUCCUUCCAUCAUGUUUCACAGGAUCAGACUGACACCUCGGCUCUUUUCCAGCAGCUCUUGGGGAACCUUGCUCAGUCGUCUCCUCAUAGCCAGAGCCAGAGUCAGAGCCAUAUGGCUCAGUCGCCACCAGCUCUUCCUUUCCAGAUUCUUAAGAAGGACUCGCCAGCUGCUUCCCAGCAUUCUCACCACUCCCACCACUCCCACCGCCAUGACCACUCGGUCGGCGCUGGCAGUGACCGAGCUGCUCUCCCCACCUCUCCUCACCAGACUCGUCGCAAGGCAACCCGAACCGCGUCUCUGCAGUCACACCCUUCGGUGAAGCAGGGUACUCCUCCGACCUCCGAAUUCGACAACUACAAUUCGACCGCCAAGGAGACCGUCGCAGAGGCCAUCGAGGACAUUGCCGAGCAGGCUGAUCAUGAAGCCCGGGAAGCACUUGAGCGCGCGGAGCACGAACGGGCCCAGGCUGAAAUCGCCGAGGACCUUGACGAUAUGCUCAACGCCAAGUCCGAGAAGGAAUUCGAGGACAGUGCUCACAUUGCCGCCCAGGCUAUCCAAGCUGAGCUUGACCGCAGCGACAAUGAGGGACUUCUCGAGGACACCCUCCCACACGAUGUCGCUGAGACUGUUCGCGAGAUUGUUGACGAGGCCGCUCAGGGUGUUGCUGACAGCUGGGAGAGCGCCGACCAGGACGAGAUCGUCGUUAUUGAAGAGAAGGAGACCCCGCCUGUCAAGGUGUUUAACUUCCCCAUGAAGCCGUGGAUCUCUAUUACUCUUCAGGAAGAGGGCACCGAGCCACGACCCUUGUUCCGCGACGAGACUAUCAUGGAUAUUGCUCGACUCAAGAAGGAGUUUGAUCAGAUUGAUCGAAACCUUUACACCGCCACUGAGAACUACAUGGCCUACGGCAUGUCCAAACAAGGUGGUCUGCGUGUUAUUCGACAGGAGGAUGGCAAGGAUGCCAAGAUUUUCACCGACACCAAGGACCGUAUCUUCAACGUCGCCAUGUCUGUUACACCUACUGACCACGACGGCGCUCACCGUGAGGCCAUCAUCGGUACUGGCAUCAGCGGCACCGUCUACUGGGUUCAGAUUCGUGAUGGUGACAAGGAUCACAUCGAAGAUGCUCAUAUGGAGGGGUAUGGCUUUGCUCUGCCUCCCAUGAGCUCCCAGGAGGGUGAUGCCCCUGGUGGUGUUCUCAAGACCCGUGCCCGCACCUCGACAAUUCACCCAGAGUACUUUGCCGUCGGUCGCGGCAAGUCCAUCAACCUCAUCUGGCCUUCAUACAUCCUUCAGAACAACCUGUUCAAGCCUGGCCACGACCGCGUUGUCGACACCGAAACUCUUGCCAAGCAGUGCUCCCUGAAGAUCAACACUGGCAAGGCUGGCAAGGACUUCACCUUUAGUCAGGACGACUCGGUCAUCGUCUCUCUUGACAAGUCUGGUCGGGUCAAGUUCUGGGAUGUUCGAGACCUGACCGCUGUCAAGGAGGGCUCCGACCCGCGUGCUCCCAUGCCCGCUGAGACCAAUCUCGAGGUCAAGGAGCCCCUGAUGACACUUGCCACCACACCUGAAGGUGAGAAGGCUUGGCCCACUUCGGUUCUUCUUCUCGACAAGCAGCGACCCUACCAGAAGCGAUGUGCCCUGCGAUACAUGAUUGUUGGAAUGAAGCAGAACCACACUCUGCAGCUUUGGGAUCUUGCUCUCGGCAAGCCCGUGCAGGAGUUCAACCUACCCCACAGCAAGGAGUCGGAUGCUGUUUGUAGUGUCAUGUACCACUCAGCCACUGGCAUGAUUGUCAUUGGCCACCCCACGCGCAACUCCAUCUACUUUGCGCACUUGUCCGCACCCAAGUAUAACCUCAAGAGUGUAUCUCAGGCCGAAUAUAUUCAGCGAUUGAUUGCUCAGGACUCUUCCAUCCCCCAGCCGGAUAGUACCGCUGUCAUUAGUGGUGUUCGUGAGUACUCGUUCGCUAACCGGGGAAUUCUGCGAAGUCUUGACAUUCUUGGCACUCCUGCCAUGGUUCAAGAUGCCGACGAACCCACUCUGUUUGAGCUGUACGCCAUGCACUCCAAGGGUGUUGCUUGCCUCCUUGUCAAGCAGACUGAGCUCGGAUGGUCCAAGGACAACAAGGUCCUCGACGGUGUUGAUGCCGUCGCCCAGGGCGUCGUCACCGUUUCGAAGCUCAAGGCUCCUCAGCCCGCCGAGGCACCUACCCCAGCCAGCAAUGGAGACGCCGUUGUCCGUGUCGUUAACCGCGGUGCGAACAAGGAGAACAUCCAGCCCACCCCAGGAGCCCAAGCCGAGUCUAGCCAGCGUGGACUCGAAUCGACUACUCCAGCCAAGGCCAAGAGUGAGCCGAAGGAGGCUGAAACGCCUGUCCAAUCCGCCAAGGAGUCUCAGUCGGAGAAGCCUGAGCGAAAGUCAAGAAAGAAGAAGAACGCUGCCAACCAGGGUGACACAGCUACUAACGGCGCUGCACCUCGCGCUGGCAAUAAGGAUGCCAAGACCGCGAACAACGCCUCCACACCUGCUGUCUCUAGUGAGGCUUUGGAUGCCGCCAUUUCUGGACUCGAGUCUCGUCUCACCGUGAGUGUCGGCGAGACCCUCAAGUCAUCGUUCAAGAACCUUCACGGUAAGAUUGACGAUGACAUCCGCGUCCGUGACGAGAACUUCAAUCAGCACCAGCUUAAACUCCUUGAUAUGGUUUCGGAGGUGCUGAACGAAAACACUCAGAAGGUCCUGGAGGCUCUGAUCCACCACCAGUUCACUGAGCUCGUCAUUCCUGCCAUUGGCGACAAGGCUGGCGCCGCAGUUACCGAUCUUCUAGACAACAAGCUGCAGCCUCAUCUUACUUCUACCGUACAGAAGGAGAUCCAGAGCUCUCUUCCUCAUGCUCUCAACCGAUCCCUGCGCUCCGGCGAUUUCAUUAAGGCCAUCUCCGACCGCGUUGGAAACUCGGUUGCUACGAGCGUGCAGCAGGAAGUCCUUGCGACACUGACCCAGCGACUCACCCCGACGUUCACUAACAUUGCAACUCAGGCGUCGCAGCGUGUCGCAGGCGAGCUUCACCAGCAGUAUCAUGACCAGUUUGAGUAUAUGAAGGCCCAGCAUGCUUCCGACACCGCCAAGAUCGACCAACUCCUUUCUCAUGUAACUCGUCUUUCGGAAAUGGUUACAACCAUGUCUGCCUCUCAGGCGGCGCUCCAGGCCGACUUCCUCAAGUUCAAGCAGCAGCCUGUCCAUGAACUUUCCGGGAUCCCCCAGAAUGUAGGGCACGGUCAGAGCAUGCCCCAUCACGGCUACGCCAGCUCAAACCAUCAUCACCCUCAGGCCAGCCACGCUGGUAGCUACCACCCCAGUCAAGCUCCUAGCCAGGCCGCCAGCCAGGCACAGCAGUAUAUGGGCAGCCCUCAGUACCUCCGUGGUUCUCAGCAAGUGAACAGCCCUCAAGCGUCGCAACAGGCUUCUGAUUACGUCGCUCCCGCCUCCAGUGUCAGCGCUCUUGCUGGUGCCUACGCCAGCCAGCGUAACCAGACAGAGCCCGAGGCUGAUCACGACUUGAUGCAGCGCAUCAGAAUUGUUGAGCAGGCUAUUCAAGAGGGCCGUUACCAGGACGCCAUGAUCCAGUGGAUCCAGAGUGGACGUGAGGAAGAGAUCUUCCGUCGUUGCCUCAGUCGCUUCCCCCCUACCAAGUUCGAGAAUCUUCCACCCUUGAUGUUGCUUGUUGUUAUUGCCACAAUCUCCAAGGAUCUGAAGCCCAACGCUCGUCUCAAGGAGGAAGUCGAAUGGAUCGAAAUGGCUCUCCGAGCCUUUGCCGAGAACCUUCCUGCCUUUGAAUGGGAACAACAGGGUGCUCGCGAUGUGAUCAAGAGUACGACUCAGACCAUGCAGCUCCUUAUCGGACGCAUCCAGCCUCUCAUUGGUGGCAUCCAGGAUGGCUUCCCCACGGAUCCUUUCCUGGCCAACCUCGAGAGAGCGAAGCUUGAAUGGAUCAUUCGAACAUCCGAGCACGUGCUUGACACGUUCGGUGCCCCUCGACGCUACGAGUAA